GACACAGCGAUACCAAGACAUACUGUACAUUCCAUCUGAUCAAAUCGAGCAGAAUAAGCGAUGGAGGACCCAUCACCGCAAGUUCAACCACGUGUGGAGGAGAGCACCUUCGCAUUCGACCACAACGAACCCAGCUCGCCAUUCGUGUCGGAAGCCAACAGCAGGCUGAUAAGCAAAACAUGGGAUGCCCCAAUCACUAAGACGGAAGAGGAGCAGCAUACUAUGGAUAUCUUUGCGACACCAACGAAGCACGGACUCGACGACAUGGCGGAGGACAUGGAGAACGUGCCAGAAACUGGGAAUACAAUCACAAAGCUCAGACCAGCGACACCACCUGAAAGCAAAGCCUUGCCAGACUCGCCAGUCAAUGAGGCGCGACGAGGAAGCACCGAUUCCGACCUCAUGCCUCCUCCACAGUCGACGCGCAAAUCGCAGACACCGAAACGAUCGCCGCUGAAGCCAUCUCGAAACGCGACCGGCAAUGCCCAAACACCGCGCGCGACGACGAGUCCACGGAAGAACUCGUUCGGGUCAGAACUGACGCAGUCCACGCCCCGGGGCUCCAACAAUAACCCCGAUACACGAACAACACAUCAGUACGCAGAAGAGAGCUCCGGAUUCGAUGACACCUGCUUCAGCGCCUUCUCUGAGGUACCAGAUAUGACCACAUGGGCGAAAAUAGGUCAAAGUCCAACCAAGCGCGGCGAGGCAUUGCGAACGCCCGGCAGACAGACUGAUGCCACUCCGCGAACCUCUCGCAAGCGGUCAUCUCCUUCCCGAUCUCCCUCGCCGACUCCACGAAGGUCGAGAGUAGGGUCGAAGAGCGGACACGGCCAUUCGUCAAGUCAGGAUGGUACUACCUUCCUCAUUGACUUCACACAGCAAAUGGACAACAUGGCAAGCUACAGCCGUCAUGCUUCGCCAGCCAAAUCGAGUACUCAGCCAGAUCUCCUCAAGUUCAUGAACAGUCAACGCUCGCCGCACAAGACAACGCGCCAAAGUUAUGCCACACCUGCAAAGCAAAGUAGCAUCAUGAACCUCCUCGACUUCGAGCUCCCACCUGCACCUACGCCCCGGUCCGUGCCCACGAUUACUGUUCGAGAGCUCGAGUCGCUCAAAUCGUCCUACCUUUCGCAGAUAUCAUCUUUGAAAGCGACGCUGAGCGGUCGCGAAGCUGAAGUGGAAAGCCUCAAGCGCGCAGUUGGCGAUGCGGAGCGUCGAGUUGGCGAGGCGCAAGAGAGGCUGCGAGAAGAGAAGAAUAGACGCGAAGAUGCGGAAGAGCAAAAGGCUGGGUGGGAGAAGCGAGGGCAGGAAGUCGAGCACUUGCUCAAGGAUGUUAAGGAGGAAGUCAUGAAGUCGGAAGCAGAGAAAGAGGAAUUGGCGCGCAAGGUGGAGGAGUACGAGCGCAGAAUUGAGGACUCGGAAGCAAGAGCAGUCAAGGCUGAGGAGCGGUAUGCGGACGCCUUGGCAGCAAGGGCAGCAGCAGGAGAGGGCGGCGAAAUUGAUCCUUCUGCUGUCGAGGAGCGCGUGCAACGGCUCGUUUCCGCACAAAUCGACAGCAAGAUUGAGGCCGUUUCGCGUGAGCUGCAUGCUGUCUACAAAGAGAAGCACGAACGCAAGGUUGCCACGCUGAAGAAGAGCUACGAGGCUCGUGGUGAAAAGAAGUGCGCUGAGCUGCAAGCCCGUCUCCAUCAACUUGAGAAGCAGAACGAAGGUCUCUUGGCAGCAAAGGAUGCGACAUUUUCUGGGCCAGUCGCAGGCGAUAUGACAUUCUCUGGCGAGGCCGAAGCAGAACUCAAAGCUCAGAUUGAGGAGCAACGUGCACAGUUCGCUCGUCUGGAGGCAGAGAUGUUGACUUCACGGCAACACCAGGAGCAGCUUGAACGCGAGCUUGCACAGGAACGAAUCGAAAAGGGUGAUCUUGUCGCUGCUGUUGACGAGAUGCUUCUCUUGCAGUCUGAACAGGGCCCGGCACAAGGUGCCAUGUCUGUCGUUGAGGACUUCAGAAAAAGCAUUAGUCGACCCGCUUCUGCAAUGUCCAGCGGACUUCGAGCUCCAGGAAGCAAGAUAGGAGGCGUCGGGCGACCAGCGAGCGGCAUCGCAAAAGGUGGCAUGAUGUCGAGGAUUGAGAAGAUGGGUAGCAGCAGGACUGGUGGCGGACAUGAUUAGCUUGGGCGAACGACUUCGUCUUGAGCGUUCUUCUGUCAUGGUCUUUAGAAGCCACUGCUGUGCAGUGCAGGCGUUUUCUGGUGGGCUGGGAUGCGACGAAGAUAUGAAUAGCGAAAGUUGAUUGUAUCAUAAGCUUCAUCAUACAGUAGCACCGUGUCGUUUGCGCGGGUGCAGUCUAUACUUGCAUACCAGGGCGGAUCCAAGAUGCCUCGUUCUCCCAGAGCACCUCUUGCCUGUCGUUACAACUUGGGAAUC